CCAAGACAAUGGCCAAGAACAAACUAAGAGGGCAGAAGUCCAGGAAUGUAUUUCAUAUAGCCAGCCAAAAAAAUUUUAAGACUAAAAACAAAGCAAAACCAGUUAUCACUAAUCUUAAGAAGAUAAACACUGUAAGUGAUGAAAAACCAGUUAAUGUUGAUGAAGCAACAAGAUUAAUGGUUCAGCUAUAA